UGAGCCUCCGGGCUAGGUUGAGUGGGGCUCUUGGGUUAGUUCCUGUUAGGCCCCGGCCCAGGGAGUAGGUGAAGUCUCUAAGAUGCCCGGUGGGUCAGGGCACCCGGAGCUGUGAGGGAACGUGAGGCGGCGGCGAGAGGAGACCGGCGGCGGGCCUUAGGAGGAGCGGCGGCCGAGCCCGCCUUCGCUGCACCAUGCUCAUAGAGGAUGUGGAUGCCCUCAAGUCCUGGCUGGCCAAGUUACUGGAGCCGAUAUGUGAUGCUGACCCUUCAGCCCUAGCCAACUAUGUUGUAGCACUGGUCAAGAAGGACAAACCAGAGAAGGAAUUGAAAGCCUUUUGUGCUGAUCAGCUUGAUGUCUUUUUACAAAAAGAGACUUCAGGUUUUGUGGACAAACUAUUUGAAAGUCUUUAUACUAAAAACUAUCUUCCACCAUUGGAACCAGUUAAACCUGAGCCAAAACCAUUAGUCCAAGAAAAAGAAGAAAUUAAAGAAGAGGUAUUUCAAGAGCCUGCAGAAGAAGAACGAGAUGGUAGAAAGAAGAAAUAUCCUAGUCCUCAGAAGAGUCGUUCAGAGUCCAGUGAACGAAGGACACGUGAGAAGAAAAGAGAGGAUGGCAAGUGGAGAGACUAUGAGCGGUAUUACGAGCGGAAUGAGCUGUAUCGUGAGAAGUAUGACUGGAGAAGGGGCAGGAGCAAGAGCCGGAGUAAGAGCAGAGGCUUGAGUCGGAGUAGAAGCCGCAGCAGGGGCCGCAGCAAAGACCGAGAUCCAAACAGGAAUGUUGAGCACAGGGAAAGAUCAAAGUUUAAGAGCGAAAGAAAUGACCUGGAGAGCUCCUAUGUGCCCGCAUCUGCUCCACCUCCAAACUCUUCUGAGCAGUAUUCCUCUGGGGCGCAGUCUAUUCCCAGCACUGUCACUGUGAUUGCACCUGCUCACCAUUCUGAAAACACAACUGAGAGCUGGUCUAAUUACUAUAACAAUCAUAGCUCUUCCAAUUCUUUUGGUCGAAACCCACCACCAAAGAGGCGCUGCAGAGAUUAUGAUGAAAGAGGAUUUUGUGUACUUGGUGACCUUUGUCAGUUUGAUCAUGGGAAUGAUCCUCUAGUUGUUGAUGAAGUUGCUCUGCCAAGUAUGAUUCCCUUCCCACCCCCUCCUCCUGGGCUUCCUCCUCCACCACCUCCCGGAAUGUUAAUGCCUCCAAUGCCAGGCCCAGGUCCAGGCCCUGGUCCCGGCCCUGGUCCUGGUCCCGGUCCAGGCCCAGGCCCUGGUCAUAGUAUGAGACUUCCUGUUCCUCAAGGACAUGGUCAGCCUCCACCUUCCGUUGUGCUUCCCAUACCAAGACCUCCCAUUUCACAGUCAAGCUUAAUAAACAGCCGUGACCAGCCUGGGACAAGUGCAGUGCCCAAUCUUGCACCAGUGGGAGCAAGACUACCUCCUCCUUUACCCCAGAACCUCCUUUAUACAGUAUCAGAAAGACAGCCCAUGUAUUCUCGUGAACAUGGUGCUGCUGCAUCUGAGCGACUUCAGUUGGGGACACCGCCUCCUCUGUUGGCAGCUCGUUUGGUGCCACCUCGAAACCUCAUGGGAUCCUCCAUUGGGUAUCAUACCUCAGUCUCCAGCCCCACCCCUCUGGUCCCAGAUACAUAUGAACCAGAUGGUUAUAACCCUGAAGCUCCUAGUAUCACCAGCUCUGGCAGAUCACAGUACAGACAGUUCUUUUCAAGAGCACAGACACAGCGUCCCAACCUGAUUGGCCUCACAUCUGGAGAUAUGGAUGCAAAUCCAAGAGCUGCUAAUAUUGUAAUCCAGACAGAACCACCAGUUCCUGUUUCAGUUAAUAGCAACAUCACCAGAGUAGUCCUGGAACCAGAGAGCCGAAAGAGAACUAUUAGUGGUUUGGAAGGGCCACUUACAAAGAAGCCCUGGCUGGGAAAGCAAGGGAACAACAAUCAAAGUAAACCAGGGUUCUUGCGGAAGAAUCAGUAUACAAACACAAAAUUAGAAGUGAAAAAAAUCCCCCAGGAACUGAACAACAUUACCAAGCUCAACGAACACUUCAGCAAAUUUGGAACCAUAGUUAAUAUCCAGGUUGCAUUUAAGGGUGAUCCAGAAGCAGCACUCAUCCAGUAUCUUACCAAUGAGGAGGCCAGGAAAGCUAUUUCUAGCACAGAAGCAGUUUUGAACAAUCGGUUCAUUCGAGUCCUGUGGCAUAGAGAGAACAAUGAGCAGCCAGCACUCCAGUCCCCAGCGCAGAUCCUCCUGCAGCAGCAGCAGCAGCAGCAGCAACAGCAGCAGCAGCAGCAACAGCAGCAGCAGCAUACCCUGAGUCACCUUUCACAGCAGCAUCAUAGCCUGCCACAGCAUCUUCAUCCGCAGCAGGUUAUGGUGACCCAGUCUUCCCCUGCGUCGGUCCAUGGAGGUAUCCAGAAGGUGAUGGGCAAACCACAGACAUCUGGUGCCUAUGUUCUUAACAAGGUUCCUGUUAAACAUCGUCUUGGACAUGCAAGUACUAACCAGAGUGACACACCUCACUUGCUAAAUCAGUCCGGUGGUUCUGGAGAGGACAGCCCGGUAUUUUCUACUCCAGGCCACCCAAAACCAAUUUAUAGCUCCUCAAACUUAAAGGCACCUUCAAAACUUUGCUCAGGGUCGAAAUCUCAUGAUGUUCAAGAAGUUCUUAAGAAGAAACAGGAAGCAAUGAAGUUACAACAAGACAUGAGGAAAAAGAGGCAAGAAAUGUUGGAAAAGCAAAUAGAAUGCCAGAAGAUGCUAAUCUCUAAGCUAGAAAAAAACAAAAACAUGAAACCAGAAGAAAGAGCAAAUAUAAUGAAGACCUUGAAAGAACUGGGAGAGAAGAUCUCUCAGUUGAAAGAUGAAUUAAAAACAUCUUCUGCAGUCUCCACACCAUCUAAAGUAAAGACAAAGACGGAGGCCCAGAAGGAGCUACUGGACACUGAACUGGACCUCCACAAGAGGCUCUCUUCAGGAGAAGACACAACAGAAUUACGAAAAAAGCUCAGUCAGUUACAAGUUGAGGCUGCAAGAUUAGGUAUUUUACCUGUGGGGCGAGGAAAGACCAUGUCUUCUCAAGGUCGAGGAAGAGGCAGAGGUCGAGGAAGAGGGAGAGGCUCACUAAAUCACAUGGUGGUGGACCACCGCCCCAAAGCUCUCACAGUUGGAGGAUUCAUUGAGGAGGAAAAGGAUGAAUUGCUUCAGCAUUUCUCAGCUGCAAACCAAGCAUCAAAAUUCAAAGAUCGUCGGCUACAGAUAUCAUGGCACAAGCCCAAGGUACCAUCUAUAUCUACUGAGACUGAGGAAGAAGAAGUCAAAGAAGAGGAAACAGAAACCUCAGAUUUGUUUUUGCAUGAUGAUGAUGAUGAAGAUGAAGAUGAAUAUGAGUCUCGUUCGUGGCGAAGAUGAAAUUUGAUGCGAGCUGUGUAAUUUUUAGAAAUAUUGUUUAGAAGAACAACUUUUUAAAAUUAUUUAAAGAAGUCAAUGAGCCAAAAAAAAAAUUUUUUUUUUAAUUUUUCUCUUCAACACAGUAGGUUUAAGGACAGCAAGUUGCUAUUCAAACACAUCUCAUAAUUGUCUGUGAUAUCACAUCACCAAAGGCCGUGACUUUAUGCAGUUGAGAAGAUCCGCAGUAGUGACUGGAUUCUCUAGAACCUUACCUUCCGCACCAUUUGUUUCUGCUCUUGGUGCUGGAUUACAAUGUAAAGACAGGGUGUUCAGAAAUUUUAUUUUGAAUUAUAAAUCUGCUGAUAAAAAUUUCAUUAAAUGUCAAAAUCGCCUGGAAUCUCUUAACUCUUAGCUAUUAUGAAUGGGUCGUCAGAUAGUAGGAGAUAUUAAUAAUUUAAAUACCCUUUUCUUUCAAGGAUGGUCUUGAAGAAAAGUAAAUCUAAUAAUUUUUUUUUUUUUUUUUUAAACUAUGGAAGAGCCCACUUUAUAGUCAGUCUUUUUCAGAGUUUAUGUGUAGCAGUACCUCAGCAAAAUCCCCAUCUCUGUUCACAGAUGCUGCAGAGCACUAUAGCUGGCUCUGUGGGGCCCAUCCUCUCCUCACACUCGCUCUGGGGCUUCUCCAUUCACCCUUCCUUGUUCUGAUAUAUGGUGAGCGUGCUUCAGUUGGUCCUCUCUUUUUAUAAUAAUUCUCAUUUUGCUUUUGCCCCUUCACUCACUCCCCAUUAUCUUCCUCAUCCCUUUUGAUUAAUGGGCCUAACUUUUAAAAUAUGUAAUUCAGUUGGGCAAUCAAGAAUCAGUCAUCAGUAAAAGGUUUAAACCAGCACCUUUAUAAACAAGUGAUGUUUUUGAUAAAAAUAAAGGCAGAAUUUUAGGGGAAAGAGUUCUUGGCUUCCCUCCCUUUUAAAGCUUCAGCGUAGUUAUAGUUACACAAAAGGGUUAAAGAUAUCUGAAGUUCUUUUCCUAAAUUGUAACCAUGAUGAUGAGGUGCUGAGAUGGGCUAGGAGUCUGCAUAUGCUAGUAAUAAAUGAGGUUCUAACUUGACAUUGAUCAGAUGACCUUAUAUUUUCAUAAUUUCAUAGAUUUUGCUGUCCAUGAACAUAUGCAUAUGUUAGUAGGCAGUUUCCUUUACCGUGUGCAUUUUUACUGUACACUGUACAGAGUAUCUGUUAGGUAAAAUAUACGUGUAAAUUUAUGUCCCUGUGUUCUGAAUGUUAGAUGGAAAAGCAGAGGAGCAACACUACGCUGUACUGACCACUGGGGAAAUGAAAUGAUUACUGUACAUAGGAUGUCACUUUUUCAAAGAGACUCACAUCUGUGUUUUUAUAAUAUGUGUGGUGUGAAAUUUGAAACUUCCUGUUGGCUGCAGAAGCUUCUUGGUGAUCACUAACUGUGUCUCAGGGGUUUUGUUCCCUGAAGUAAAGACUGCUUCUUAAAAUAGAAACAGUUCACUCAGAAACCUAAAACCAUCAGGACUCUAGAUUUACAUAGUGACAAGGAGCUAGAUCCCACCUUCUGAUCAUCUUUUGCCUCUUCAUAUUGUCUUGGAAUGAUGUGUCAAACUCCAGGAUCCUUUUUAAGUUCAUGUAGUUUUCCCUUUGUAGUGGUACUUCCUCUUCAGGUUAUUAUGUUUCUGAUGACACCGAGGCUGAAGUAAGCCCACAAAGAAGGAACACAUUAGAACAGGGAACCCACCAUAAGCAUCUUGCUUCUUACUUCUCCAUCAUCUCGAAUGAAAUUUUCUUGAUGUCUGUGGCUCAGUCAGUAUAUAUUUGGAAAGAUUCAUUGUGGUGAAUAUUUUGAGUCCUGACCAUUUAAACGUGAUAGAGGGAACAAAGGAUUUAUAUAUUUUUUGUACAAAGUUUUUUCUUAAACUGUAUAAUUUUGUAAAUAAUUUGUUUGGGUUUUUUUUUUUCUUUUGUGUACUAAAACUACCAGCGUAUAGAUUUCAAUAAGAAUUGUUGUAUUUUUGUAUUUGGAAACUGAAAAUUACAGUAAAUUAGUGAAGCCGUAAGAAAGUCUCCGUAGACUGACAUUCGACAGAAUGAGAUUCCUUUUCAUAUGAUUUUUUUUUUUUUUUUUUUUUUUUUUGGGGACCUUAGAAUCGACAUCUUUAAACACUCACUAUAGAGAGAGUUGAGGAUUUGUUUGGCUCUGUAGUUAUUGGGGGCAAAGGUUGAAAGAAAGCGAAAGGUGCUAAUGUGAAGAAUAGGUCAUUUUAUGUUAACAUUUUGGUUCCUUAGUGCAAAACUUGGGGUUUUUUUUUUUUUUCAGUAUUUCUAAAAAUAGCAAAUUCUUUUCCACUGUGUUUCACUCAAAAAUGAAUUAUAAAAAGGGAUUAAUUACAUUUAAGGUUAGCAUUAAAUAGUGGAAUAUGUGUACAUGUGUAUAUCUUGCCCCUUUACCCCAUCCAUCAAUCCCCAACUGUUAGAAUUCCACACCAUGACUUGUUUUCUUGGCAUCUUUGUUUAUAGAGAUACCAUUUAGCAUUUGAGGCAAAUUCUGCUGCCCCUAGUGUGUAGGCGCUCCAUGUAGCAGAGCAGCAGUAAGAGCUGCCAGUGGACUAGGUCAGUCAGAUUUACUAGAUUUCUGCCCAAACCUAAAAAGGUAACCCCAAGGAAUGCGAAAUUUUUCUCAGUGUCUUCUUUUGGGAAAAUGUCACCAGCUGAGAUAUUGGAAAAGUCCUUUUACAGUGAAAAAGAUCCAUGGUGAUGGAUGAUUAUUUCAAGAAGAAAAGAAAAAAAAAUCAUGUGAAAAGGAAUAGUGUUUCCUCUUGAUGUAUAGUAUGCCUGUAUUAUAGUUUUUACAAGAUUGUGAACUUGUGUAAUAGUAUAUAGGAGAUAUUGUUGGAUUUCUAACUGUUUAUACAUUUAAAUUCAUAUAUGUAAUGUUUGUUUUAUCGAUUACAAUCUGAAUUUCUAAGAAGCAUGUUGACUUUUGCAAUAAAGAUGCAAUAUGGAAUGGUUCACAAUUGGGGGGAAAGAAAAAAAAGAUGAAAAUAAUACAAAUUUAAAAAGAAUCUGGAAAAGUUUAUGAACCAUUCCAAAAAUUAUAACAAUCACUAAAAGA